CUUCCAGUGAUCCAAGCUGCGUUGAGGAAAUCUUACGGGAGAUGACCCAUUCCUGGCCUACUCCUCUCACUGCCAUGCAUACUCCUGGAAACUCUGAGCAGAACACAUUUUCCAUCCCAGGACAGGAAUCCCAACAUUUGACCCCAGGAUUUACAUUACAAAAGUGGAGUGACCCAACCAGCAGAGCUUCUACAAAGAUGCUUGAGGAUGACCUGAAACUGAGCAGUGAUGAAGAUGACCUUGAGCCUGUGAAGACCUUGACAACUCAGUGCACAGCCACUGAACUCUACCAGGCUGUUGAAAAGGCAAAACCUAAGAAUAAUCCUGUAAACCCACCCUUAGCCACAUCACAGCCCCCACCUGCAGUGCAAGCCAGUGGGGGCUCUGGCAGUUCCAGUGAGUCAGAGAGCAGCUCUGAAUCUGACUCAGACACUGAAAGCAGCACAACUGACAGUGAAGCUAAUGAGGCACCUCGUGUGGCCACUCCAGAGCCUGAACCGCCCUCAACCAACAAGUGGCAGCUUGACAAAUGGCUUAACAAAGUGACAUCUCAGAACAAGUCAUUUAUUUGUGGCCAAAAUGAAACACCCAUGGAGACCAUUUCUCUGCCUCCUCCAAUCAUCCAACCAAUGGAAGUCCAGAUCAAAGUGAAAUCCAACCCCAGCCAGGUUCUGGCUGAACCCAAAGAAAGGCCUCUCCUGAGUCUCAUUAGGGAGAAAGCCCGUCCACGGCCCACCCAGAAAACUCCAGAAACAAAGGCUUUAAAACAUAAGUUGUCAACAACUGUGGAGACAGCUUCUCAAAGGACAAUUGGAAAGAAACAACCCAAAAAGGUUGACAAAAACACCAGCAUUGAGGAGUUUACCUGGCCCAAACCAAAUAUUACCAGCAGCACUCCCAAAGAAAAAGAAAGCGUAGAGCUUCCUGAUCCACCAAGAAGCCGCAACAAAGUCACAGCCCACAAACCAGUCCCUAGGAAAGAACCAAGGCCUCACAUCCCUUUGGCUGCCGAGAAGAAGAAGUACAGAGGCCCUGGAAAGAUUGUGCCAAAGUCCCGGGAAUUCAUUGAAACAGAUUCAUCCACAUCUGACUCCAACACAGAUCAGGAAGAGACCCUGCAGAUCAAAGUCCUGCCUCCUUGCAUUGUUCCUGGAGCUAAUACUACCAAGUCCAAGGAAACCCCUGGGGCUGGCCUGACCCUCAGCACCUUAAUCAGCAGCGGUAGCAGCAGCAACAACUUAUCCAUUAGUAAUGAGGAACAGGCUUUCUCCCCAAUUCCUGUCAUGCAAACAGAGCUUCUGUCCCCUCUGCGAGAUCAGGAGAAUCUGAAAAACCUCUGGGUGAAGAUUGACCUUGACUUGCUUUCUAGAGUACCUGGCCACAACUCACUACCAGCAGCACCUACCAAGCCAGACCACAAGGAAACUGCCUCAAAACCCAAGCGUCAGACUGCUGCUGCAGCUGCAGAAAAACCAGCCCCUAAGGGCAAACGUAAGCACAAGCCAGCAGAAGUUGCAGAGAAAAUCCCUGAGAAGAAGCAACGCCUGGAGGAAGCCACCACUAUCUGCUUGCUUCCCCCUUGCAUCUCACCAGCCCCACCCCACAAGCCUCCCAACACUAGAGAAAAUAAUUCAUCCAGGAGAGCAAAUAGAAGGAAAGAAGAAAAACUCUUCCCUCCUCCACUUUCCCCACUGCCAGAGGACCCUCCACGUCGCAGAAAUGUCAGUGGCAAUAAUGGUCCCUUCAGUCAAGACAAAAACAUCUCCAUGACUGGACAAAUCACCUCUACCAAACCUAAGAGAAGUGAAGGCAAAUUCUGUGCUACUUUCAAAGGGAUAUCUGUAAAUGAGGGAGACACUCCAAAAAAGGCUGCCUCUGCCACCGUUACUGUCACCAACACUGCUAUUGCCACUGCCACUGUCACUGCUACUGCCAUUGUCACUGCCACUGUCACAGCUACUGCCACCGCCACUGCCACGGCCACCACCACAACCACCACCACUACUAUUUCCACCAUCACCUCUACUAUCACUACUGGCCUCAUGGACAGCAGUCACCUGGAGAUGACGUCAUGGGCAGCCCUGCCCCUCCUGUCCAGCAGCAGCACUAAUGUCCGGAGACCCAAGCUCACUUUUGAUGACUCAGUUCACAAUGCGGAUUAUUACAUGCAAGAGGCUAAGAAGCUGAAGCACAAAGCUGAUGCACUGUUUGAGAAAUUUGGCAAAGCCGUGAAUUAUGCUGAUGCUGCCCUCUCCUUCACCGAAUGUGGCAAUGCCAUGGAACGUGACCCUCUGGAAGCAAAGUCCCCGUACACCAUGUACUCUGAGACUGUGGAGCUCCUCAGGUAUGCAAUGAGGCUGAAGAACUUUGCAAGCCCCUUGGCUUCGGAUGGGGACAAAAAGCUAGCAGUAUUAUGCUAUCGAUGUUUAUCACUUCUCUACUUGAGAAUGUUUAAACUGAAGAAGGAUCAUGCUAUGAAGUACUCCAGAUCACUGAUGGAAUAUUUUAAGCAAAAUGCUUCAAAAGUCGCUCAGAUACCAUCUCCAUGGGUAGGCAAUGGAAAGAAUACUCCAUCCCCCGUGUCUCUCAACAACGUCUCUCCCAUCAAUGCAAUGGGGAACUGUAACAACGGCCCGGUCACCAUCCCCCAGCGCAUUCACCACAUGGCUGCCAGCCAUGUCAACAUCACUAGUAAUGUGUUACGGGGCUAUGAACACUGGGACAUGGCUGACAAACUGACAAGAGAGAACAAAGAAUUCUUUGGUGAUCUGGACACGUUGAUGGGGCCUCUGACCCAGCACAGCAGCAUGACCAAUCUUGUUCGCUACGUUCGCCAGGGACUGUGUUGGCUGCGCAUCGAUGCCCAUUUGUUGUAGUGGGUUCUCUCCUCUCUCUAGCAUCACCACCCAUCAUUCUACCUCUACCAGCACACCGAUGGUCACUGGUGGAACUCCACUCAUUUGGGAAAGUUCUCUUUUGGUUAUGUUUGUUUUUAUGCUUCUUUUGAUACCUGUGAAAAACUGAAUUCAUUGUAAGUGGACACUACAACUUGAGAGCAGUGUAUGUUUUAUUAUUUUUCAGUAUUUGAUAUGCAUUUCUCAGAUCCCACCAUCUUUUUGUGCUUUAUGAAAUGAUGAUACCUAUAAUAUUGUUUAAGUCCACAUUACCCAAAGCAAAAAAAAUGGGAAGCAUGUGUGAUGAUGACAGGUUCCUGAGAAGUGAAACAAGUGGUCUCACAUGUACAUGGAAACUUAGACACAAGGGACCUGCAAAGAUUUUCAGCAACAACCAUCCCCCAAACUCUGCUCUUAUCCAGAAAAGAAUAUACUUUCGAAUCCAUUGUUAAACUUGUGGUUCCCACAGACUUGAUCUUCAGGUGAGAAUUUUCUUUGUUAAAACCCACUGGUUUGAUAUUGGAGCAACAUUAUAAAUUCAAGAAAUCAAGAAAAUGAAGGAGCAGAGCAAUGGCACUCUUGAAACAAUGCUGUGCCACAACCCAAUGACUUUUUUGUUCACAUCCCAUUCCUGAUUCCCUAUAUAGUUUAGAUUUUAGUGAUGAGAAGGAGGGGUGACAUUUAUUUUGACAGCUUUAAGGCAUCAGCUGGCAUAAAUAUUUUUAACUCCAUAAUUUAAAGCUUAAAUCCUCACCUGAGACUCUCUUUGUGCAUAGGUUCUCUUUUUGAGGAGCAGUUUGGUGGAUGCACACUUUUUUAGCCAAAAUGCUAUACUUCAGUCUUAAAGUUGAGAGAUAAGAGAGGUCUGGAAAACGCCCAACGAGGAAUUCACACCUCCUUUGCAGUUGGUAGGCAGAUCAAUAACUGGCAGGAUUUUUAAAUUGUAUUUUUCUCUAACACAUGGAAACACAAGUCAUAUUAUCACUACCUAGAAGUAAUAAUAUACAAUUUGCUUCCUAUUGUUUUAAAAUCUGGACUUCACCAAUUAUUAUUUACAUUUUCUAUUUUACAGUGUUUCUUUACUUUUUCUUUUAUCUUUUUUCCCUUUCCUUUUUCUUUUGUUGGGGGAAGGGACCUAUUAGCUUUUGAAUGAAAUACAAUCACUGAUUUUAUUAAAUUUUAUAUUAGUAUGAAUUACUUCCAUGAAAAUUCCAAAGAAAACUCCAAACUGUAAGUAGUAGCAAACUUAAAAUGAGCCUUGGGAUAGUGUUUCAUCCUGGGGUACUUUGAAAGAGCCCUGAAGAUUGGAACCAGAUUACCUAAUUUGGAGACAUUUUCCCAUCAGUUAUGACUAUUUCCUCUUCUUAUGGUCCUCUAUAUUCAUCUUAUGUCCCUAAACACCACAAUGUAAAUAUCAUCUUUGGUGUUCUAGCUCCCCAGAAGAAUCCCCCACUUGUAGUAAACACCAUUCAUGCAUUAGUUACUUGUAAUUACCUGCUGGCAUAUAAUUCCUUGUAGCCUUUAAUCUGCUGAGCUAUUGAAUUCUGUUCACUGAGUUAUGUCCAGAUAAAUAAUAGAUAUGCACAUGAAAGAUGCAAACUUGCAUGAUUUUUAAAGCAAUCAUGCAGGUCUAUGAUGGGAACAACAGGUGAUCACUCUGCACUCUCCUUGUCAAGGUUAGAUAUAUCCUCAGUUGCAUAAGAGUCAGACUUGGGCUCUGCUCUGGUACUCUUUGAGUUCAACGCCCUUUGUUGUAUAAUAAGGUUGUGGAAGUUGUAGUCCAAUGGCUGAAGCCUCGUUGUUAAUAUGGCUGAUGGGAACAACCCAGCAGCUGAACCCCACACUUUUUAUGCUCCCAAUGCGGUUGAGCAUUAUGUUUACAGUGUCAACAACAGCACUUACACAUGCGCACACACACAGACUUACACGCACACACAAAUGAAAACUGAAAGAAUCUUUUCUGAGCCUCUUAAAUGAGGAAACUGAUAACAUGAAAGACUCAACACCCAAGGUGGGUGUCACAUAUAAAAAUUAAGCUGAUGACUUUGCAGUGACUCAAGUUCUUGGUUUUCUGUGACCUACCAGGUAGAGUGCCUGGUUAUUACUUUAUAAUGAAGUCCACCAUCUUUACUUGUAAGUUUAACCUAGACCAUGGUCCUAUACCAUCAUGGAUUUAGGAGUAGAUUCUUCUUGAAAUUCAAUCUCCAGAAACUAGACUAGAAUUGUAGGGGCAGUUUCCCAAGGAAACAAGCACAUUGCCUCAUGGAUGAAAGACUUGUAGCUCUAGUUUCAGUGACUUGUUAUAUCUACUUACAUACAACAGGGAGGCAAGAUGAUUCUCUGUCAUCUCUGGUGGCUGAGUGUAAAGUGCGUGCCAAGUCAGCCAGCACCAUUAACAAAUUUGACAGUUGAGCUCUGGAUCACCACCUGAUUAUUUAGUAGACCUAUUUUAAUGCAGCUUAGAAACCAAUUAAAUAUGGAGGAUGAAUUGCCUUCCUAUCCCUGGAGUUGAGACGUCUUUCAGUUUCAUGAUUAAAGAUUGUUGCUGUUUUCUAGGCACUCUGUUCAUCACAUUGUAAAUGGUAAUGUGUGUCGUAGGUGUGCAGCUAUUGAGAGAUUUUGUCAAGUGAAUCUCUGGCAUACCAGUUUGGGGGAAGGAUAUGAGACAUGUGAAUGGCAGUGAGAGAUCAUGCCUCUAGACCUUGAUGGAGGCUUGGUGAGAACACAUCUAAAUAAGCAUGUGGAGGUAGGGGAUGGGCAGAGCAACGGGCAGCUCCACCUGAGCAAGUAUAAGGAACAAUCUCAGCCCUACAAAGUGACCCAGGUAGGGCCACCACUAUGCCUUCAUUGGUCACCCAAGCUCCAACCACAGAGAGUCUGAACGGUUUGAGUUAAGAUGUUGGCUUGGCUUUGGAUUUUAAUUAGCUUUGGAUUUUUUAGUGGUUUUGUCAUAUUACUGUCUGAGUUUGGUAGGUAGGAUUAAUUUGAAAAGAGUUUACUAGUGUGGUCCUUGGGGUAGAAUUUAGCUGUAAGCAUGUUGUUAGCCAGCCUAUAGACUGUUAAUUCCUUAAUAAUCUCAUUGGGAAAAUACUAGUAGUUUUGUAUUGGGAUGACAUAAUUGGAAAAGAAGAUUAGCUAUUGCUACUUUUAAAAGACUUGAGGUUGGGGUGCUUUUUCUUCCCAUGUAAUGUAGUGAAAAGAUCCAAAUCUUCAGUCAAUAACCAAGUUACAAAAAAGAAACCAUUGGAUAAAAUGUGUUUUGUUAAAUCUCCAAAGGGAUAGAUUUUCCUUCAGACAUUACAUGGCUAAAUGCACUUGAUUUGGUGUGCAUUGGAAAGACGCUUGUCCUAUAGUAUCUUUCCCAAAGCUAUCUAAAGAGGAUUUUGUUUUAUUCAAACUUGCAUCCCAGAGGUUGAAGUUGGAGUUUAAAGUUGGAAAGCAUUUUUGAAGGCAGACUCGAUUGAGUUGUGAGGGUGAAGCCCUCACAUUCUUCUCAACAGACAUGAUAAAAUUCACCUGCAUGAGUUGGCAGGUGGGAAAACCAAACUGGUCACUGGGUAGGACUACUCAGUAAAGCAACGAACUGCUUGCUUAGAGAAGCAUCACUAUCCCCAUUGAGAAAAGUGUGUGGCAAGAUGAGCUAGCUACACAAUAUCAAAAGAAUGGGUCGAUUCAGUGCCCCCAAAUUCAGUUCUGUGGGGAACAAAAGUAUUGAGCCAGUUGUUGGUGUUCUGUUACACGACUGGCAGACUAAAUUCUUUGUUGUCGUCGUUAUUGUUGUUGUUGUUGUUGUUUCUCAUUUCCAAUCGCACAGCCUUAUUCUCAUAAUUAAACUCUGAUUCAUUUUCUCUUUGGUGUUAGCAAACUCCAACAACAGAAAUGGCAUCUGUGCAUUGAUAAUCAGCAUUUACCCUGGCAGGAGACUACUCAGAUAGGCUGGUCUCAGACAUUAAUCCUACCAUCUGAUAUUUCCGGCAAAAGAAAAAGUAUUAAUUCCCUUUCCAUUCUCCUCCUCACAAAUCUUGAAGCCCUCUUUACCAAGAGCAUCACAUUUUUCUCUGUAACAAAAAGAAAAUCGCAUUGUGGGGAGGGC